AGAGGACCGCACUCGCUGUUGCUGGGAAGCAGGUCCGGGUUGUAGGCCAGGAAUGUGCCCUUCCCCCCGGCAAACUUUCGGUGGCUGCAACGGAAGCAGGAACUUGCGAACCACAAACCCGCCAGGCACGGAGGUCCCUGCGGAGCAUCCCCUGCCUGACUCGCCAAGAUCCUCGCACGGAGUCGCCGCUGCUUUCCGGCGAGCGCAUCGGAGCUGUCCUCGCACGGGGUGGACCCCAGGGGCCCCAGGGUCCUCUCGCCGCCAGAGAGAAAUUCCAUCAUCUGUGCAAUCUUCUAAAGAAGCAAAAGAAGACCAGAGGAGGGUUAUCCUUGAUCUUGAAGACUAAAACUACACUGGAAUUUAAAAUGUUCUUCAGGGAAGAACAGAGCUUGACCUACACUUUUGUAAUCGUUUGUUUGCUGGCAGUAAGACUGUCCACCAGUCAGGAUUGUCCUACUCAGAGUCUAGAAGAUGUUGUCAUUGACAUCCAGUCAUCUCUUUCUAAGGGAAUCAGAGGCAAUGAGCCCAUUCAUACAUUAACUCAAACAGACUGCAUUAAUUCCUGCUGUUCAACAAAAAACAUAUCAGGGGACAAAGCAUGCAACUUGAUGAUCUUCGACACUCGAAAAACAACUAGACAACCCAACUGCUACCUGUUUUUCUGUCCCAGUGAGGAGGCCUGUCCCCUGAAACCAGCAAAGGGACUUAUGAGUUACAGGAUUAUCAGAGAUUUUCCAUCAUUGGCUGAACCUAAUUUGCAAACCCAAGAGUUAGCUAAAGAAGAUUCUCUCUUCCAUGGCCAGUCUUCACAAACAGUCACUCCCAUACCCCCUCGUCUGACAGGUUAUUCAAAACACCCUGAUAGCUCAUGGACAGAUACAUUUUCUCAGAACUUUGGAUCCUCAAAUCACUUGGAGAAACUAUUCAAGAUUGAUCCAGAGAGUACACGGUUCCCUGUUUAUAAAGAAAAAGACCAUUCUCAGAGUUCACAGUUUUCUGCAGAACGAAAAACAGCUCAUCUGCCCCCCGAAAAUGUGACCACAUUCCGUACUACAGUGACUGCUGCUUCUCUACAUACCACCUCUGCCACUCCAGAGCCCACAUUUCUCGUCCCCACCAACGCUCCAGCCAUCCCGUUUAUGACUUCUCAACCACAGGUGGCCACCACAGCGCGGCCUGCGAUGACAGUCCCUUCUCAGCCUCCAACAGUCAUUUCUACAAUUUUGACACAUGUGGUGGUAACACCCCAAGCCAGCAAGACGACAACAGCCGUUCCAACUACCCUCUUUCAGGCAGCUACAGACCUCAACGGCCCACCAGAAACGGCGCACUUGAGAAAAACUUUCGACUUAACUUUGAACACAGAGGAUGCCCAUAACGCGGCGACAGCCCUUUGGCCAAAUGUGGAUUCUUCUGCUACGAAUAAGACUGCUUCCCAGGACAAGGGGAAUGCCAGUUCAGGCGGCCCCUCCCAGCGCAGUCUUCCAUUUGAAAAGUGGCUCCUCAUUGGCACCCUGCUCUUCGGUGUUCUGUUCCUCGCCAUAGGGCUUGUCCUCUUGGGUAGAAUGCUGUCGGAAUCCCUGCGCCGGAAACGUUACUCGAGACUGGAUUAUUUGAUCAAUGGGAUCUAUGUGGACAUCUAAGGACGAAACUAGAUGUCUCUUAAUUCAUGUAGUUACUAGUAGCCCAAACGUAGUGAGUGGCUGCUGAUUCGCUGGUCUUAAGAGUGUUGAAUUAUUUGGAAGACAGGCAAAUGCCCCUUACUACUUUCUUGUUACUUUUGCCUUGAAGAGAAGGAGGGCAAGGAAACAAAUUAGGUAAUUUGAGUGAUCUGUCUCGAAAAUGUUAGCUGAAAACGAAGUUCUACCUAAAGUAAUAAAGUGUAAUUGCCAUAUAAAUUGGAAAAUGAUUGGCUUUUUGCAAAAAAAAAAAAUGGUUAGGACUUCUAGGCUCCAAUUUGUUAGUAUGUCUAGUUCCAAAUAAAGUCAACUAUUUAUGAUAUUAAUUCUAAUGGAUUUACUUUCCUUUUUAUGUGAAUUCCAAUAAAACUUAUUCCAGAUGUAUUUCCUUCCAAUUAAAUAUUUGAAUAAAUCU